AUGAAGGUCUCCGCCAUUCUCAUCCUGACCGCCGCCUCGGCCGCCCUCGCCGCACCUGUUGCCGAGGCCAACGCCGAGGCCGCUCCCGCCCCUGCCCCUCAAGCCACAUCGGGUUACACCAACUACGGAAAGUACGACUACAGCAAGUACGGAAGCUACGGCACCUACGGUGCCCCGCCGGCCACAACCCCGAGCCCCACGCCGGUCCCUCAGACUUACAGUGCCUAUGGCACUUACAAGGGCUACAAGCGCGCCACCGACUGGGUCAAGAGCUGGUUCGUCGCACUUCACCAACCCACACAUCUCCCCUCACCAUUUACUGGACGCGAGGCUGGCUCGGCCAACAACAAGGCCUCGGUACUUGGCGACUUUCAUACCAUAUGUAACCCAAGAGAUGGUUGA